CCUCUGUGUUUUAGUGAAGGGGAAGAGAACAGACAGAGACAGGGGAGACAGAAAAACCGGAGAAGGAUACAGGAAGCCGACAAUCCUGAUUCUUGAGUGUAUUACUGUCAGAGUAAGGAUGGCUGGAGUGUGGCGAUGCAUCUUGGCAAUGAUGCUAUUGAUGUGUGUGUGUCUGUGGGAUCACAGUGAGGCCGUAGGGGGGGCUGUUAGUAGGAAGCGAAUCAAGGCACCAGUGUACAAGAAGCCAAAGAUCACCCCUAUUGAUGUGGCCCCAUCACCACAGCACAUAGACAUAAAUCGGAUGACAGGAGUAUGGUACCUGCUGAACGUUGCCUCCAAAUGCUCGUACCUGAUGAAUCAUGGAACCAGAGCGGAGCCAACACACAUUGAAAUCACAUGUCCCCUUGCCUGUGACAAAACAUUGUUUGUCAGCACUAAAACACGAUUUAAUCACCAGUGUUGGGAGAUACAACAGGUCUACCAGCUCACCCCAACCACAGGGCGACUAACACUUAAAGGACCUCAUCCACAUCUGAACACUGACAUAGUGAUUGCAGAUACGGACUACAACUCAUAUGCAAUCAUGUACUAUCAGAAGUUGGGCAAGAUGACCAUGAAGCUCUAUGUCAGGUCUGUAGACGAUCUGUCAGAGCCAGUGUUGACCAAGUUUGAGCAGCUUGCUGAAAAACAGGAGUUGGGCCUGGCAUACCUCUUCCCUUUCCCCACAUACAGUCACUGUGCUAGUGUGGACCAGGAUCAUGUCCUCAAAUGUGUCCCCACAUGUUGAAGAGCCAGAGCUGUGCAACAGACAGAUCCAGUGUUCAGCAGUUCUCAAACCCACAGUACAUCUGUCUACUUUAUCGUUUAAAAAUGUGAAUAUAAGCAGGAAAAGUUGUUCAAAGACUGCACUGAGGCAUUCAGAUUGUGAAACUGACAACUGCAAAUGUUACCAGUUUCACAUAAAUAAAACAAAAUGA